AAAGUAGGUCACAAAGUUUUUAGCUUUAAGUGAGACUACUUUCUACUUUCCUGCAGUUUGUAGUUUUUAUUUAAUUGAAGCGACUCUAAAAUUUCACCAUGUGGAACCUCCUGGUCUUCUUUACUUGCAUGGUAACAGCUGUUGUAGGUUCGUCAUCUACAAUAUCUGGAUUCAGAGGAAAGAGAGUUGACAUCAGAUGUCCCUAUGAAGCUGGAUAUGAAACAAAUUCAAAGUAUUUAUGCAGAGGAGAGUGUACAUUUAUAAAUAACAACAUCAUAAUUGAAUCAGGAUCUCCAGCUAAAGACGAGAGAUUCUCUCUGACUGAUGACAGAAGAGCCAGAGUUUUCACUGUCACCAUCACUGAUCUGAGAACAGAGGAUGAAGCCAAAUACUGGUGUGUAGUGAGGAGGACUGGACUAAUACCUGAUGUCUAUUCAGAGAUUGUGUUGCGUGUAAAAAAUGACACAAAAACCACCAGCCCCUUUUCAGAAAACAUACCAUCCACCGUCAGUAUUUCACCACUGAAUCCACAAACCAACAAGAUCACACCCACAGAUCAGACUCCUUCCUCAACAGAAUCUAUCAUCUACAUCUGUGUGGGAUUAGUCAUCGUGGUGAUUGGUUUCCUGAUUGCGCUGGUGAUGUUGUGUAAGCAGAAGAAGAAAGGCAAGACAUCCCCAAGAAUUACCCAAUCAGAAACUUCAGGAUAUGUAUCCACUGUGAUUUUGCCUUUGAGUACAAGACCAGACAGUGCUGUAGAGCACAUCUACGAAAAUGAUGAUCAAGAAUAUCGUAAAAUCAGGGAGCUGCAGAACAAAAACAUACACAAUACCAUCAUUAUACAUUCCUCUGUGGAGAGACCAGAUUCAAUUAUCUACUCCACCGCGGAGAGACCAUAUUCAAUGAUAUACUCCACUGCAGAGAGAUCUGAUUCAAUUAUCUACUGA